UAUUUUAGAUAUGUCAAUUCAAAAAGUGAAUAUUAAAUAAUAUAAAUUGAUUACACCCAGCAUGAUCUAUUUUCAGCCUCUUGUUACUCAUGAUAAUAAUUUACAGCUUGUGAGAACCCCGAAUUUACUUGAUCGGGUAGCAGAGAUGGAGUCGCUAAUGAACGCGGUGACCCCGCGCUCACCGGCCCCCGUCAAGAAGCUGUCCGAGGUGGACUUCCGCUCCGGCGCCACCCUGGAGCAGCUGUCGGCGCAGGUGUCGGAGCUGGUGCUGCUGGAGCAGGGGGAGUUCGGAGACCAGACCGCCUUGGAGGUCCACACUGCCAAGGACUUCAUCUUCAACAUGCUCGGUUUAGUCCAGAAGGUGGACCAGCGCCUCCCGGUGGCCAACGAGUACCUCCUCCUGUCAGGCGGGGCCCGGGAAGGCGUCCUGGACCUCAACCCGGAGGACCUGGGGGAGUACGCCAAGGGGGCCGACUUCGACCUGGACUUCACGCUGCUGGUGCCCGCCUUGAAGCUCCACGACCGCAACCAGCCGGUGACGCUGGACAUGAGGCACUCGCCGCCGUGCCACUCGUGGCUCAGCCUGCGCCUGUGCGACUCCAACGUCCUGUCGCGCUGGGGCAUCUGCUGCCAGGAGGAGAACGGGCUCCCCGAGGACGAGGAGGAGGAGGAGGAGGAGGAGAUGGCUAAGGGCUCCAUCCCUUCCCUGGGCUCUCCUCAGGCCCUGGACGGCUGCUACUUCUCCCCCAGCUUGGUGACGGACUGGUUCUGGCGGGUGGUGAGCGAGGCGGUGGCCGAGCUGAGGCGCAGCCCCCAGAGAGGCAUCCCGACCCCCGAGCGGCUGGAGCGGAACGGACCCCUGACCACCAUCAUCCUUCAGGCGGGCUCCAGCCGGGUUCUGUACGACCUGCUGCCGGUGGUCUCCUUCCGGGGCUGGCCCGCCGUGGCCCAGGGCUGGCUGACGGCCAACCACUUCUGGGACGGCAAAAUCACCGAGGAGGAGGCCAUAUCCGGCUUCUACCUGCUGCCCUGCUGCUCCCCGCUGGGCGGCCGGCCCGACCGGGAGUGGAGGCUGGCCUUCUCGCGCACCGAGGUGAGGCGGGCCGUCUUGUUUCGUCGCUGUCUUUUACCCCCGGGUGUCUGUUCUAACCCGAUUCCUCGCAACCAGGUGCAGCUGAAGAAGUGCAUCCCCUUCCCCAUGGCGCAGGCGUUCCAGGCGGCCAAGGCGGUGCUGUCCCGCAUCCUGGCGCGCCCUCGCACGGGCCUCAGCCUCUACCACCUGCGCACGCUCCUGUUCUGGGCCUGCGACCGCCUCCCCGGGGCCUACCUGUCCUGCGCCGAGCCGGACACCCCCGGCCGCCUCCUCCUGGGCCUCCUGGACGACCUGGCCCACUGCAUCCUGGGCAAGAGCUGCCCCAACUACUUCCUGCCCCAGUGCAACAUGCUGGAGCACCUGAGCGACGGCCAGGCGCUGCUGGUGGCCCGCAAGCUGGCCCACGUGCGCUCGGACCCCAGCGAACACCUGCGCGCGGCCCUGGACCAGGCCCAGCAGGCGGGCCAGCUGAAGAAGGAGCUGACGGCCGGCGGCGCCACCAACGGCGCGGGCUCGCCGGGCCCUCACCCGGCCAACGGCAUCAUCUCGCCGUCCGAGGACAAGCUCGCCCAGCGGCUGCAGCAGCUGGUCACCGAGAACCCCGGCAAGUCCAUCUCGGUCUUCCUGAACCCCGACGACGUGUCCAGGCCCCACUUCCGCAUCGACGACAAGUUCUACUGAGGUACCGCGACUCUGCUGCUCCAUCAAGUCUUAAAAACCAAAAAAAGAAAAGAAAGAAAAAACACAUUUCCUCAUAAAUAAAACAUGAAUCCAACUAACAGGAUAUCACCUAGCUUUUGUCCAGGUCGUCUCCUAACGAGCUGGCCUUAAGGAGACCAGACGGCUGUAGCUUGGUUUUGGCUCUUUCAGAGACGGCGUGUCCGCGUUUUGGCCUUAGGGGAGUGCGGACAUGACGCACCCGUCCGCAGAAACCUCCCGGUUCAACGCAUUUCCGCCCUCUCUGCUUGCUUCACACGGCGGCGGGAGACUGACGAGGAGGAAAAGGAACCGAUUGUAACGCUGGGGAGGAGAGCUGCAGAGCCUUUUGAGCAAAGAGUCUCUUUUUAGACUGCUUUCUGUUAUUCACACUCAGUUUGUGCGACUCUUUGUUUCACUUUUCUCAGGUAUGCACAGCAUUUUUGAACCUCCCUGCCCCCCAAAAAA